AUGGUUGAUGAUCCAUCUGUAAAAGAUUUGCCUGAGCAACUCUUGGUCUGGUCUUGUUGUGAAAAAGCUUCAAUUCGGCGCGAUAUGAUUAAAUUCGUGCAUCUUAUUGAGAUCAAUAAGAACGGUCCAACGCGUCAACUUCGUCAAAAUAAGUUCUUGAAGAAGCAUCAAAAACUAAGGCUUGUGUUGUACAGAUUUGCAACAUGGAACAGGAUCCGAUGCCUUCAAAUGAAGCAAAUACAGCUAGUUCCUGUGAUGUACUGGAUGACUGAGUGGUUUGAGAUUUCGUGCUUGAAGAUUUUGAACGACCUUGAGAAGCUUAUGAGGCUGUGGAUUAAUAAUUAUGACAACAGCGAAUUAUUUAUCAAGCUGAAUGCCUUCUUGCUUUCGCAUCCUACUUUGACGACUGAAAUCCAGAACUUUUUAUGUUUUCAAAGUAUUCUGCAGCGAAAGGAUCCUGGUGGAACUGGACCUUGGACAAUUCCAAUUCCUAUUACCGAUAUGCAGGCUUUGGAAAUUCAUGACAUUGAAUGGGCUCGACAAGAAUCGUGUGUUCAACGUACAAAUAGCUUACCUGACAUCAAGGAAAUUUGUGAGGCUAGUACAUCAUCGCAUGUCCGACAGACAAAAAGUUUGCCUAUACUUACAAAAGCAACCGUUGAUCAAGGCCCCAAAGGAAUUUUAAAAAAACAUAAGAACGUCAUCAUCAGUGAUCGCACCGUCCGUAAGAAGUUAGUUUUCAGUGAAGACAUGCCGAAGAAGGAUCCACCACGAAAAGGAUUUUUGUCAAAGUUAAAAAGUUAUUAA